AUGCGCGAAAACCUGGACACUAUCAGAAACUCAAAGAAAUACUUGAAGCUCUCUCCCUUGAUUUAUUCUGUCUUAUUAACAACCAAAUUCAAAAUGUCUACAGAGAACAAAGCAGAGACAAAACAAACCAACUUCAAAGCUUUGGAAGAGGAUGACGAGUUUGAAGAUUUCCCCGUUCAAGGUAAGUUAUCAGCAGUGUCAGAUCGAGAAGUGGAUCAACUAACGACUGAAAUAGAUUGGCCAAAUGACAAGACCAUCACAGCUGAAAAACAAGAGCAUCUUUGGGAUGAGAGCUGGAAUGAUGACGAUAACGAAGAUGAUUUCACCAAAAGAUUGAGACAAGAACUCGCAAACGCUGAAGCAAAGAAAUAG